GCGCACGCGUCACGCAUAAUUUAUGUUAUGCACGCGUGCACGCUGCUCGCUACGUAGCGAGGAACGAGAAACGGCCGAGUGCUGGUGACACGAGACGGAUAAGUUCCGGUGAGAGAAUACGACGAAGACGACGACAACGAACGCUGUGUGCUCCGCUUCAUGAUGUUACGGUAGUGUAUGUGCGGGGAAUAUCAGUGCAAUAUCUUUUUCGUUCCAUUUUUUUCCCCCCCUUUCCUUCGCGUUUGUUCGCUGUGCGUGCGUCGUGUGCCGUGUCGUGUGCGUCGCGGAAGUUAACACGACGAAGCUUGACGCACUUUUUUUCCAAAUCCCCGCGAGGCCGACGAAAUUCUCGCGGAUCACCAGCGGCGUGAUGCCCGCUUCGUCGUUAUUGACCUUGUCGUAUUAUGUCGAGGUGGUACCGUGAACAUCGGUGCCGGGAGGAGCGCCUUUGACCCCGUCAGUCCCGAGAACAUAUUGAAAGUUGUCAGUCCGCGCCUUUGGUAGCCUUCUCUCGCGAGCCACUCCCCUCGAGAUAAAUCUUCGAAAUUUUAACUUGCGGACGUUUAGACAUGUACCUUCAGAUUAUGGAAUCCGUUGAUUACGUACAAAUAGAGAACCGCAUGAAAUAUCCGCGUAAUUAACGAGCUGGGCUUUUUCGAAGAGUUUGGAAAAAUCGUGCGACAGCGAGCCAAGAGGAGAAUCAAGCUGCACCGAAUAUCGAGAAGCGUCGGUGAUAAACCUGCCGGAUACGUCGCGCAUCGAGAUAUGGAUUGGUCUUUCAAACGCCGAACAGUGGACCGUAUCGGGAACAGACAUGAUGACACGAGAUACAAAUCAAUUCGUUGCGUGAACGUGGGCGUUAGCCGCGAAAACGGGGCGACUGGCGGUACCGGAGGCGGUUCAGGUACUGCAGGCGGCCGCGGCGGCGGCGGGGGCGGUGGUGGCGUGGUGCCUCCUGCACCACCGACUACCGGCCAUCACCACCACCACCAUCACCAUCAUCAUCACCUCACCACCACGACUACCACGACUACCACCACCACCACCACCUGCGGCACCAGACACCACAGGCACAAACUGCCUGCCGGCAAGCAGUGCACGGAACACCGUCACCACCCACAUCACCACCGGCAUCACCCACACCAUCGCUCCCACCACCGGGGCAUGAACAUGGGCCAAAAGAUUUCAGGCGGCGUGAAGAGCAUGAGCCGGGAGAGUGGUGCCGGAGCCGGCGGCGGGGUCGGUGUUGGCGGUGGCAACAACACGACGUAUACACGAUCGGUGAUACCGCGCGAACUGGCCCAGGACUUCGCGAGGCCGCCACGCCUCGAUGUGCUUCUCGACAUGCCGCCAGCCUCGCGAGAAACACAAGUCCAUCACAGCUGGAACGCCGAUGAUCGUAGUCUAAAUAUUUUUGUCAAGGAGGACGACAAGUUAACGUUUCAUCGACAUCCCGUCGCGCAAAGUACAGAUUGCAUACGAGGGAAAGUGGGGUAUACCAAGGGUAUGCACGUAUGGGAGCUUUAUUGGAGCACGAGGCAACGAGGUACGCAUGCCGUCGUAGGAGUAGCAACGGCGGAUGCACCUUUACAUAGUGUCGGCUACCAGAGUUUGGUAGGGAAUAACGAGCUCAGUUGGGGUUGGGAUCUUGGUAGAAAUAAACUCUAUCAUGACUCAAGAAACAACACUGGCGUGACGUAUCCAGCCCUCCUCAAGUCUGACGAAACGUUUAUUGUUCCUGAUAAAUUUCUUGUUGUCCUUGAUAUGGACGAAGGUACGUUAGCGUUCGUAGUGGAUGGUCAGUAUCUUGGAGUAGCAUUCAGAGGGCUUAAAGGAAGGAAAUUGCAUCCUAUUGUGUCCGCCGUCUGGGGACAUUGCGAGAUCACGAUGAAAUACAUCGGCGGACUUGAUCCCGAACCUCUGCCUCUCAUGGAUCUCUGUCGAAGAGUGAUUCGACAGCGAAUCGGUAAACAUAGACUAGAAGACAAGAUCAAUGAGCUAAAUCUACCGCAGACGAUGAAGACUUAUCUUCUAUACCGGGACAGAAGGUAACCACUGAGUGAAUCUCCUCAAGAUGCCACGAUUAUGACUGCGAACAUCACCGUGUUAGAACGUUGCCACUACGACUCACAGGCGACCGUCCGCUAUCCUCUCACACACCAAGAACAGCAACCCCUUAGCUGCGCGUCUCCGUUAAUCAAGCGCACGAUGUUGAAUAGACUGACAUGCGUCAUGCGCCGACGCAUCGAGACACGCCUAGUACUUCGAGAAGGCGCGCUAAGAGAACGAUGCCGAAAUACCGUAUUGAUAACUUGUGGCACCCUUAUUAAAACAAGUCAUAAUGACCGCAAUCUUCGCAGACGUUAUUACUAUCGCCGAUAAGUUCAACUCGAUGAAGGCAAAGUUAAGAAAAAUGAAAAAAAGGAUUUUAACAAGACUUAGAAAAAAACGUUUCUAAAUUUAGUUGUUUUUAAUGUUGUUUUAAGUUGCUUAUUGUUGUCUCUGUUUUAUGUUUCUUGUGCUUCUAUCUAUGAAGAUAGAGAAUUAUUAUUUAUUGAUUAUUAGAAAGUUGUACCGAAAAGACCGAUGAUUUCGGUACUUACGCAUUUGUGUAUAUAUACUUAUGCAUUUCUUUUAAAUAUUCGUUUUACUGACGAUACAUGUACAAGAUGAAUAGUAUUGUAUCAGACGAUGGGGAUGAGGUACGACAAUGUGCGCAAUGUCACAUGGUUAGAGACGAAAGGCAAAAGAUUAUCCGAAAACACGAAGAAACAUAGCGCUUCGCAGUUGGCCAGUAAAAAAAAAAAUUAGACUUAAUCAAGCUUGGAGACUGAUACGGACGUGUCGCUUGCUUACAACGGUUGAUCAAUAGUGGAUAGCGCUGCUGACUUUUAAUCCUGCCGGGGCAGAAAAAUGGUGAAACAACAAGAGGAAGAAAGCGAACCGAGGAAAUAGAAGAUACAAAGAAGGUUUUUACGUCGGAAAUAGAAGAUACGAAGAAAGUUUUUACGUCGGCGAAUAAUUAAAAAUUGUCGACGAGGUGGUAAUGGAUUGCACAAUUGUGGAACGAUUAAUUCAAUUUCAAGUGUAUAGUGAUGGACAUCGGGCAGCCACCUUUCAAUAGACUCAUUUUUCAAAUAUUUUCUAAGCAUGCUAAAUUUAAUAAAGUAUAGUGGUGUGUGCGUGUAUCGUGGAUGAAUAUAAAACAAAACAGAGACACGAUGAGGGAGGCACGAAGGAGCAAGAGAAUACAGUUAACCCUGCCAUAAUAUUCUCUUUAGCAGUGUUCGAAAACAUAGACUUUACAAUUGCGAAUUCUGCGGGGGAGAGACCGAGUGAAGAAUGCAAACAUAAAAAGGGUAAGCAUCUAAAACUCGCGCUGUGGUGAAUCGAAUAAAAGACGUCUAAGUAAACUGAAUAAUGAAAAGCAUGUUACUAAAAUUAAUUAUCUACAUCUAAUUGAUUUAAAGUGCUGUAAUGACUUCCGAAAAUAGUAUGUAUUUAACUAAUGUUUAAGAGAAGCGAAUGAAUACACGGGCAUUGGCACAAAUUAUUCCAAACGCGAAUUAAAACUGUCAUGGAGAACCGCUAUGCAGCAAAUCCGGUAAAAGGGUGACGAGUAACGAUAUCGAUUACUCAUCAUAACGAUUAUCGGAUUAUCGAUCGUAAUAGUUACAAUAACGACAAUGACGACGAUAAACAAUGAUGAUUAUAUCGGAUGUGUAACUAUUAUACUAUUAGGAUGUUGAAUUAUGAAAAAUGAUGAAUUAUGACUGGGCUCUAGUAUCUCUUUACUCUUACGUUUGUCGCUUAGGUUAAAGACUAUGCCACCGUCAACGGCUAUGUCGAUUUGUAUAUAGAUAUAUUGAUAAUAUUGUACGACGACGUAUACGUGUGUAUUAUGGAUGAUGAUUGUAUACGGAAACAGGCAGACCGAAUGCGAGAAUGGUACCAUCUUCAUCGUUUCAUACAAGCAAAACAAUCAUCUCGCGUCGUCAGACCUCCGUUUCGAUAUAUCUUACUUUCUGACACACGGGCUUAAUGCGGUUUAAAAUCGCUUCGAUUGUUAAUCGCUAUGAUGUCAUUGUUUGCAUCAUCGGCUUAAGCUCAUCCGAGAUUCGGAUUGUAUCGCGUCUUCCAAAUUAUCGUCAAUCGUUCGUAGCGUUUAUCUGAUCAUUCUAACUCUCAUUGAACGUAAUAAAUCGCAUUUGCUCUCAUAUCUGUGACGAUUACGUUUCUUCUUGGUGCAAUUUCCCGUGAUGACCUGUUUGAAUGAGCCCAGUGUUCGCAUGCUGGACAUUCUAACAAUCAUCACAAAGCGUUUGGAGAGAUAGCCAGUUUCAUGUCAAUUCGCAACAUUUUCAAAAGCACGAUCUCGCACUCGGCAGCUUUUGAUCAUACAGCUUUGAUGAUUUUCAUAUCCGAGAGUGUGAUCUAUUAGCGACAUUGUUUUCGCUAUCUUUCAUAUCACGGAAUUUGUAGAGAAAGUGCACAAAUCUGUAACGCGAAUAGAUCGAAUGAUAAACGGACGGAUGCGAAGACGACUCUUUGCGAGAAACGUAUCAUCUCUCCAUCGACACGUCGUCGUCGAAGAUAUGUUCUGUCUUAUGGUGGAAACUGGGAACGAGAUAGAAAGAGAAACGCUGCAAGAGUGACGAAGAGGACUUCUGCACGGAAAGGAAGUCGUCCUCGUUGUUUUUACUGUACAGUAGCAGCGGAUAAUUUACUUUGUCAUCUUUUAUUCGGCGCCUGUGCAUGAAGGCAAAAUGUCGAAACAGUUCUCUCUAGCGGGAGGACUUUGCAGUUUGCAUACCGCGAUAGAAAAAAAAAAUACGAUUCUAAGUACGUGUACGAGGGGACAUUACGUACCCGAAGACGCGCCUUAAGCGUUCACGAUUCAAUGUACAUUCAUUCAUGUCGUUCAUAUAUCGUUAUACACGUGCGAGAAAACC